CAACAAAAAAAAGUUGGCUGAUGCACAAGUCUUAGUAUGUAAUAUCUUGUAGUUUAUUUGUGUUUACAUUAUGCGGUCGGGCUGUGUUACUUCUCUUGCUCCGCUGUCGUAAUUCCCUUGCGAGCUUAUAUCUUGAUCGUUGCGAACGCCACGGACCAUGGGCUCAAACGCCAGGACGACCGGCAAAGUCGUAAUCGCAGAUCUGAAUUACUACCUUGACCCAGCGAAAGGCGGGCAUACAUUCUACCAAGUAGGCACAUCUAGCUAUUACCGACGCAAGUACGAAACCCACAGCGUUCCAAUCUACGAUAUCCGGGGUCAAGAAAAUCACUUCAUCCUAGAAUCCAACGGCUUCCAAUAUCACAAGCAUAUCAGUAUAGAGAAUGACUUCCUCGAUGAUAACCAGGUAAAGCGGCUUGUGUAUCCGGAGACUGAGCAGCUUAUCAAGGAUCUCACCGGAGCGAGAAAGGUUCAUACCUUCUCUCACAUGAUCCGUCGUGAUUCCCGAGAGGAAGUGGAAGCCGCUGUGAAUGAUGACCCAUCCCUUCAGGACGGCAAUGCCCCGAUAAAGUCAGCCGUUCCUGCUCGAUUUAUCCAUGUUGAUUUCUCGGAGAAGGGCGCUUUGCGAAUCUUACAGGAUAACUUCGAUCACGAGCUAGGAAAGGAGCUAUCUCAAGCGCGUUGGGCCAUUAUCAACCUUUGGCGACCAAUUAAACCCAUUGCAAAAGACCCCCUCGCUAUCUGCGACAGCGCCAGUGUAAAAGACGAUGAUCUGAUACCUGUCACCGCUAUACUACCGCGGAACGGUAAUGGCCAGUAUGGUGAUCUCUCUGGUGGCGAUGAAUUCGAGGCUUGUUACCUGCGAUAUAGUCCAGACGAGAAAUGGUACUUUGUUGACAAGAUGGAACCAGAUGAAGUUCUUCUUUUCAAAUGCUUCGACUCGUUGGAUGAUGGAAGUACCGCAAGGCGGUGCCCUCACUCGGCAUUCAUCAACCCGGAUACUGCGGCUGACCCGACGAGGGAGAGCAUAGAACUUAGGUCGCUGGUUUUCUUUAAUGAUACGGGUUUGUGAAUAUAAGGCACUUGUGACAACACAAGACGGACAAUCUUGACACGCCAGUACUAUACAGUAAUUCUCCAGGGACGACUGAAUACCCACGCUCGACCAGACUUUUGUUUUUGGUGUAUAGCGGCCACAGUUACCAUGCAGUUUACGGAGUUUGCACAGUUUGAUACUAGUCUAGAGCGACUCUUGACGAACGCGUCUAAAGGAUGUUCAUCAUCAUAUUCAAGAGCCUAAUCGAGA